CUCGUUUUAGCAGUAGAAGCUAAAAUGACCAGCCAACCAAUUCACGAUGAAAGCGACAUUAAGAAGCAGACUCCGGACUGUGAAAUGGGCGAAGCUAAUGGCGCACGUCCCAGCCAAACCUGGCACCAUAUGUUGCUGUAUCCAUCGCCUUCCUCCUCGCAGCUGUCGUAUGUCUCCGAAAUCCAAACGGAUGUCGGUAGUCAACCGUCGACACCGCUGCAACAGCCGAUGCGCCACGCACCAUUCGGGGAGAUAGACGAAAGUGCCACCAAUUACGAUUCGGGCAACUUCUCCCUAUCCGAAUCUGGUGGCAAGGAAAAGCUCACCAUUGCCACAGCGAACACGGGCCACGGAGACAUGCAUCAGCGAUUCGUUCAGCUAAACACCGAGCUUUAUCAGACUAAAACCGAACUGCUCACGUACAAGUACAAGUGGAACGAAAUACGCAAUGAAAUUGAGCUUGGAUUGAGUAAAAAAAUUGACAAACUGUUGGACGAAAAGAAUGAAGUGGAAAAGGAGCUAGAAGAUGUGCGGAAGGAGCUGGCCCGCCUGAAGGCACAGCCAUUGGAUCAUAAUGGGCGCGAGCUACUACGCAUCCGUUCGGAACUGGAUGGUGUGAAGCUUGACCUAAUAUGCAAAGAGCAAGCAAACGAAAGUUUGAAGCAAACAAUUGUAGAUCAGCACGUGGAAAAGGAGAAUCUCGCCAUAAAGAUAAAAGCCCUGGAACAUCAGCUGUUCGAUGGCCGCAGUGAGAUAUGCGGCGUAAAAUCAACGGAAAGAUGGUACAGGGAUGAGUUACAUCGUUGCCAAAAUGAAAAUGCCAAAUUAAAGGAGUCGUAUGGCUCGUUAGAGAAGCUGCUGUGUAAAGAACGCACCGAAAAGGGAACACUCGUUGAAACAGCACGACAGGAAACAUUGCGUUUGCAGUCUGAAAUAGAGGGCUUACAGCAGGAAGUAAGCAGGGCAAACCAUCAGCGAUCGAAAGCAAUGCAGGAGAUUGAAACAAAACAGCUAACGGAAGAGUUAACCACGAGUAUCAACACUUCAGUAAACCCUGUGCCAGAUUUGCUGGAAAAGAAUGAGCUUCUGGAACAGCAAAAUGAAGAACUCCAUGCCGUACUUUGCCAACUUCGCGAUUCGUUACUGACACAGCGGCAACAGUUCGAAACACUGUCGAAAAAGGAACAGGAAGCCCUAAAGGACAUUGUCAGCCUUAGGGAACAUCGGGAAUCUGACAAAAGCCAAAUUGAAACACUUACUGCGCAGCUGGCGCGCGAAUGUUUCACCAAACGACAGAUAGAUGUCAGCGUGGAGAAGCUGAAAGCGCAGUUGAAAGUUUUAUCGAUAAACUUCUCCACCCGCGAUUGCCAACGGUCCGAUGCGAAGGAAUGCGAAUCGCUACGUCAACGUAAUCACGACCUACAGGAGCAGUGUAAUCGGUUAAUUAACGAACAGCAGCAGCUAAGGGCCGCGUUAACCAUGUGCACGGAAAAAACGAACCUAAAACAGGACGAGAUGCUGUUGAUGGAGAACUUCCGGUGCAUACAGUCGAAAAAUUUAGAUCUGGAGCUUAAACUAGGUCAGUGUGUUAGCGUUGGUGGCGAUGGUGUCGAUGGAACCGGUCGUGGAAUCCCCUCGAUAGAUAUGGUUAAAAGAAGCGAACAGACCAUCAGAACGCUCAAACAAGAUGUACAGGAGUUGGAACGAAAGCUGUUUCCAUCUCACCCAGAACAUAAGAAGCAAACCAACGAAAAAAGACAAAAAUCAUUGUGUCCAAAGCAUGGUUCUAAAUGUUGGGAAAAUGUAUCAUAUUCCGAGCGUACCAACGAGGAGGAAGAUGUGGAAAUACGUAACUUACGUAUAAUGCUGAAAGCGAUCGAAAGCGAAAACCGUCGUCGCAUGAAGCGCUAUGAGCUGAACAACAGGACACUGCUGAAGAAGGUGAAGGAACAUGCGCGCGAGCGGAAACAGGCCGAACAGCGUGUUGAGGAACUUUCGAAGGAACAUGCGAAAUGUGCAUCGCUGCGCUGUGAGAUGUCAUCGGCCCGCGAACGCUGUCUGCUGAUGGAAGCCGAUGUGGAAAGCUUCAGACAGGAAGCGGCCACACUGCGCUCGGAGAAAGAUCGAUUGAUCGAUCUGCUCGAGAACAACUGUCUGCUGACAAACGAUGGUGACAUUUGGGGUUCGCUGAAAAGAGCCUUCAAAGAGCUGCAUGAGCUGAAACGUGCACGGAAGGAAAAUGUUCGACUGCACGAUGAGCUGCAACGCGAUGCGGCCAAAAUCGUACAGCUGGAAGCUUCCAUCGCGGAAUGGAAGUUGGCGGCUGAUGUACUAACGGCGGAAGCCGAAGACGUUCGCUUUGAACUGACGGAGAAAGUAUUGCAGUUGGAAGAAUCGCAACGUGCACUGUCCAAACUCACCGGAGAGAACUCGUCGCUGGAGCAAACUGUUUCGAUGGCGGGACUGAACGAAAAGCAUCUCACCGAGAAGCUGCACGAGCUGAACCAAUUGGUGCGGGUGCAGGAAAUUCGUCUCGAGACGGCAAACGAGCGGUUGAAGCUUUACGAACAGUCGGAAGCAAUGAUUGUGGCCGCGAAGGAUACGUUCUUUACCGAUCUUCAAUCGCUGCAGGAUGCAAUUCUGCUGGAAAAGCAAGAGAAGUACGAACUGGAGGAAGAAGUGCGCGAACUGCGGCAGACUAUGGUUAACGCGGUUGGAAACAGUUUACAGAAUUUCAAUCCACGGAAUAUCUCUGCCGAAGGAAGCGGACAUCUAUCCGCUGCAGUACUGAGUCCAGAGGGGCAAUCCCUGUCGUUGUCUUGCACCAGCCUGGACAUCGAUCAGCUGUGUGCACUCGUAGAGCAAAGUUCCCAAACACGCAGCUCGCUGCAACCGCUGCACGAAUGCGUCUCCUCGCUGAAGCAGGAAAUGGACAAUCUUAAUUCCGUUUUACAACUCGCUCACCAUCAACCACAGCAGCAAGCACAUCAACAGCUACAUCAUCGAUUUCCGCUGUCCCUGAUGGAUGAGCUAAACGAUGCCACCAACGGUCGGUAUGGGAGUAGAUGAGUAUAAGUGUAAAAGAGGGAAAACCAGGAUUCCUGGUCGAACUUUCUGCUGUGGAAGAAGUAGGAAGAAAGUACAAUGACAUACAGUUGCGUAAAACGUUGGCGGGUGAAAUCCUGCUUCUUUUUACUUCUUUAUGAAGUAACUUUAUAAAUUAAUAAUUAUUUACUGUCCUGGAAUGUAAGCUUCUCGCCACUAACAGUCAUAUUCGGAUCGAAUGUCUAGUCUCAAAGCUGAAUUGUACUUAAAUUAGUGCAAACUCAUCAUUAUUAUCUUGAAAAUUCCUUAUCCAUGAAAAUGUUAGCUUAAACUGUUCGGAUUAGUUUCGAAAAAAGUAAUUUUAUUUGAUUAACCAAACGCUCUAUCAUGUAUCAUGCAUCGUUGUGAUAGAUAAGCCUGCAUGUAGGUUUUUGUUUCCUUAUCCAAUCAAUCAUCCAAUCCUAAUGCAUUAACUUCUAGUUUUGCGAAAAACAAUGCAAAUUAAACGGGAUUCAAUACCGUGUAAGAUAAUCACGUCCAUUCCGUACAAAUACAUGUGAUGCAUAUUUCUUACCAGCAUUCAUUAAUGCCCUUGUCCCUUGCAACAGGCAACCGAAGAUAUAUUGCUUGCAAAAAUAGAUGUCUAUUUUUCUAACUUUCAACAAGGGUGAAAGUUGUGUUAAAGUAGUUUUCAGCAAGUGUUGCCAAGCGGGACGAAGAAAAAGGAACAGCUUCAAAAGAAAAAUAAUGUUUCAUAGAGUAAGGGAAGGGAGUAGAUAAUAAUAUUAUUAAUAAGAACCAUUAUAAAAUAUACACAGCAAUUGUUAAAGUAGCGAUACAAGCUACACAAUAUUACAGAAAGGAAUACCAAAUACGGUACGCUAUAAAUCAGGAAAAAGAUCUAAAGUAUAACACAGUCACAUUAAUUGCAAACAUAUAAUAACCAUCUAUGUGUAUAGGUAUGUCAGUGAUUACGUUGUAUUACUUGCAGAUAUCGUUUCAUCACAACCUUCCGUAUGUUUCAAACAGCUUUUAUUGUUAACCUUUUGUUCCAUUAGCUUAUGCUUUUGAGUUCCUUGACGUAUAUAUUCCUGCUCAUUUCUAAUGUUAAUUUAUUACACAUUUCUUUAAGAAAUUUUGUUAUCCAGCGUGAAAACAACUGUGAUGGGAAGGAUUUUGUUUAAUUUAUUUACUCAUUUCAUCACCUAUUUACUAACCGCACACCAGUGUUGACAGCAUUAUAAGUAUGUUAAGUAUCCAGAUAAAAAAAAAACAGCAACAGUGCACAGUGAUGGUAGUUACACUAGAAAUCUGUUCGUAAUUGCUCAAACAUUGCAAAUUGGGUCAAUAAA